AUGUCCUACUUGCGUCGAUUCAUGUCCACAGCGAGCGCCGGAAAGUCUCUGUAUUUCGACAUCUCUAUCGGUCCCAAGCCCGCAGGACGGAUCAUUUUCAAGCUCUAUGAUGACGUUGUUCCAAAGACUGCGAAGAAUUUCAGGGAGCUGGCGACGGGCGAGCACGGAUUUGGAUAUGCUGGGUGUGGAUUCCAUCGGAUAAUUCCUGAUUUCAUGAUUCAAGGCGGCGACUUCACGGCACAUAACGGGACCGGUGGAAAGUCGAUUUACGGAGCCAAGUUCAAGGAUGAGAACUUCCAGUUGAAGCAUACAAAGCCCGGCCUUCUGUCAAUGGCCAACGCUGGUGCUCAUACCAAUGGAUCCCAGUUCUUUGUCACGACCGUAAAAACACCUUGGUUGGAUGGUCGUCACGUUGUUUUCGGAGAGGUUGUUGAAGGCAUAGAUUUGGUGAAGGAGAUUGAGAAGCAGGGUACACCAAGCGGCCAGCCUAGGACAGAAGUGUUGAUUACAUCUUCGGGUGUAGUAGGGUAACAGUAUGCUGCAGUUUCAACAUUUCUUCGGCUACCUUAAAUUAUUCCUUAGGUGAAGGCUAUAGAAACAUAAUUCCGUUCUCGUGCAGUACCAUCGCAGAUGCCUACGCUCUGUUCCGUAGCACUUUAAAAUGUGUAGCCAAAUUCAUUAUGAAGACAAGCCCACCCGUCCCUUG